GCCUGGGUCUGAACCAGCGCCACAGCCAAACCUCCCGUCCCAUGUCUCUGGGGGAAAGGGAAGGGCUGAGCGUUGGGGGAGGGUCUCUGUCACCCACCCUUUAAUCCCCAACCAAGGCCUCCGGGCUGCUUAUGACCUUCGGAGCGUCCUGCCCGCCUUCUCCAGAACGUCCCUCUGCCUCCAGGGGAAGUUCUGGGCGACGAUGGCCUGAAAGGGGAUCCCCAAACUCCACGCUGCUCACAAGAAGGACUCGAGGUUCGCCCCCAGAGGCCAGGAGCAGUGCGAGUAAGCAGCUUCCCUCCAAGGCUGCAUGGAUUGCGGUGGGGGACCCCCUUGCUUGCCAAGGCUGCCACCCCUACACUUCCCGGGCAGAGGCUUCCUUCUGAAGACGCUCUUCCUCCUCCUGCUCUGCAGAUACGUGCAAACCCGCUGCAGGAUCCUGCGCUGCAACUCGGAGUAUGUGGCCUCCACACUCCCCCUACGGGGUCCUGGCAGGAGGGCGGCCCACUGCCUGGCCUUGCGUGCCUAUGCCCGCUGCACCCGCCACACGGCCCGCACCUGCCGCGGGGACCUGGCCUUCCACCUGGCCGUCCACGGCAUCGAGGACCUCAUGGCCCAGCACAACUGCUCCAAGGAGGGGCCCAGCCCGGCCCCCCACCCACCCCGCCCCCCUGGGGCCGGGGCCACAGACCUCUGCAGCUACGAGAAGGCCUUUGCCCACAAGCACGGCCGCCCACCCGCCUACCGGCACUGCGCUUCCUUCGGGGACCCCCACGUCCGGACCUUUGGGGACGAUUUCCACACCUGCCGCGUGGAGGGCUCCUGGCCCCUGCUGGACAACCACUACUUGUUUGCCCAGGCCACCCACUCCCCCGUGGCCAAGGGAUCCAACGCCACGGCCACCAGCAAGAUCACCAUCAUCUUCAAGAACAUGAAGGAGUGCAUUGACCAGAAAGUCUAUCAGGCCGAGGCAGACAACCUCCCAGCGGCUUUUGUGGAUGGCUCGCUGAACGGGGGGGAACGGCCUGGCGGGGACAGCCUCAGCAUCCUCGAACGGGCUCCCGGGCAGCACGUGGAGAUCCGGGCAGCCUACAUCGGCACCACCAUUGUUGUGCGCCGGGCAGGGAAGCAGCUGUCCUUCUCCAUCCGCGUGGCCGAGGAGGUGGCUGGCUCCUUCACUGAGGAGCAGGACCUGCAGCUGUGCGUGGGCGGUUGCCCACCCAGCCAGCGCAUCUCCCGGCACCACGGCUGCUGCGGCCACAGCCCCAUCAGUGCCGAGAAGGCCCACCGGCUGUGCAAGGAGAAGCUGCCAGUGGAGGACGUCUACUUCCACUCAUGUGUCUUCGAUGUGGUGGCCUCGGGGGAUAGCAACUCCACCCUCGCGGCUCGUGGCGCCUUGGAGGAUGCCAGGCUCUUCCAUCCAGAUGCCAAGAAGCUUCACCUCUUCUGGCGUGACGUUGCCCACCAGGCCGCCACCAGCUCCUUCCUCUGCCUCACCCUGGCCACGAUUCCAGCCCUUGCCUGGGAGAUCUAGACUCUGACAGCCUCUUCCUC